UUACAGUGACCCGCAUGUGAACACCGGAAGUCCGGAAGACAUCCUUGUCGGGUAAGCAUGACCAAACCCCUGUAAUAUACUUGUCGACUGUUUACCGGAAGUUAAAUUCAUGAGAUUCUUUCGAAUCUGUGAUCGAACUUAUAUCGGAAGAAACAAGGUGCGAGGAGUAAGAACCACAUGGAUUUACUUACAUCACUGUGUUUGACUGCAAUUUUAUAAAGGAUUCAGUGGGUAACUAACUUCACUCGUUUCUUUAAUCACUCUUGAUCUGUACAUCAUUCUUCUUACAAUUAACACUUCACUAUCCAUUAAUGCCCACAACCUGUUUGUUCUUUUUCCCCUUCAUUGAAUUGACAAUGGUAAGUAGCUUUUUUGGUUCCUUUUAAAUCCGAUGGGUUUCAAGAAGUUGGGUUUUCCAAUAGCUCGAUUUGGUCGACAAUCGAAAAAGUCGUAUGGGUUCUUCAUAAAGUUCGCAUCAGUAACAAUCUUGGGGUUAUGUUUCGUGUUUGUUUGGUAUAUAUUUUCUUCUUCAGCUUCUUCUGUCACAUAUCAAAGAAGCACUUUUGGUGAAAUCGCUGAACCCGUAUCCGAAAGAGGGCAAAUAAAAAAUAGCAAAUCUUCCAUUCUAAUCAAGAAUGAACCCGAUUUGAAUUCAGGAAAAGUAGAGGAGAAGAAACGGAUUAACGAAUCAUCAAGAUUAGAUCCCGUUGUACCCAAAAACCAUAAGAAAGAAGAAAAAAGUGUCGAGAUUGUUAAAGGGUCUAAGAAAGAUGAAAAACAAGAAGAUGAAAACGGAUCUGAAGUUGCAGAGUCAGAAUCAGAGAAUGAAAACGAGAAAGAAGACGAAGUGGAAGAAGGGGAACAGGAACGUGAUUUAGUGGUUGAUGUGGAUCAAUUAGAUGAAAGCGAUGAAGUAAAAGCUGAACAUGGAAAAAAGAAGAAGUUUAAAGGUCCAUUAUUCGAUCCAAAAGCCGAAUAUAACUGGAAAUUAUGUAGUACAAGGAGUAAACAUAACUACAUUCCAUGUAUUGACAUUGAAGUUGCUUCAAAACGAAUUCAAAUGUAUAGACACCAUGAAAGAAGUUGUCCCAAAAAUCCCUUAUUGUGUCUUGUUCCACUUCCACAUGAAGGAUAUCAAACACCAGUUAUCUGGCCAGAAAGUAAAGAGAAGAUAUGGUUGAAGAAUGUUGCACAUCCAAAACUAGCUCAAUUUAUUAAAACACAAAAUUGGGUGGUGGAAUCUGGUGAUUAUCUAACUUUCCCACAAAAUCAAUCUGAACUCACUGGUGGAAUUGCUCAUUAUCUUGAAUCUAUUCAAGAAACAGUACCAGAUAUUGAAUGGGGGAAGAACAUUCGCACAAUAUUGGACAUUGGAUGUAUCGAUUCAAGCUUUGGGGCAUUUCUUUUUGAGAAAAAUGCAUUUACACUUACAUUAGGGUUAAAAGAUGACCUUGUGGAUUUAGCUCAAUUAGCCCUUGAACGUGGUUUUCCUGCCAUUAUUACCCCUUUUGGAACUCGAAGGCUUCCUUUUCCUAGUGGCACUUUUGAUAUUAUACAUUGUGGAGAAUGUCAGAUUCAUUGGCAAUCUAAUGGUGGCAAGCUUCUUAUGGAGAUGAAUAGAAUCUUGAGACCUUCUGGAUACUUGAUUUUGUCUAGUAAACAUGAUAGUAUUGAAGAUGAUGAAGCUAUGUCAAAGUUGACCGCAUCAAUUGGUUGGAACAUCUUGGCUCAUAAAACCGAUGAUGUCAGCGACAUCGGUGUUAGAAUAUACCAAAAACCCGAAUCAAAUGAAAUCUAUUCAUUAAGAAGAAAGAAAAUUCCUCCUAUGUGUAAAGACAAUGAGAAUGCAGAUGCUACUUGGUAUGUUCCCAUAAAUUCAUGCUUGCAUCCAAUUCCUUCUGCCAUUGAAGAAAGAGGAACUGAAUGGCCUGAAGAAUGGCCCAAAAGGCUUCACACAUUCCCUGAUUGGAUAAACAAUAAAGAGAAGUUGGAUUCCGACUCUCGACAUUGGAAAGCAAUUGUUGACAAGUCUUACAUAACCGGAAUGGGAAUCAACUGGUCAACUAUUCGGAAUGUAAUGGACAUGCAUUCUGUUUUCGGAAGUUUUGCAGCUGCUCUUGUGGAACAUGAUGUUUGGGUGAUGAAUGUGGUGCCUGUGUAUGCAUCUGAUACACUUCCCAUAAUCUUUGAACGUGGACUUGUUGGAAUCUAUCAUGAUUGGUGUGAAUCUUUUGCUACUUAUCCAAGAUCAUAUGACCUUUUACAUGCUGAUCAUCUCUUCUCCAGGCUUAAAAACAGGUGUAGGCAAACGGUAAGUAUAGUUGUUGAGAUGGAUAGGAUAUUAAGACCUGGUGGUUGGGCAAUUAUACGUGACAAGGCACAAAUAUUAAAAUCAUUAGAGAAAAUAUAUAAAAGUUUACAUUGGGAGAUACGAAUGACAUUUGUUCAAGAAAAAGAGGGGAUUUUAUGCGUUCAAAAGACCAUGUGGAGACCUUGAAAUAUCAAAAUUUGAUAUUUCAGAUUCAGAUGAUUUGUUUGUAGAUUAUAUAUAAUAUAGCAACUUUACUUGUUUGUUGAUUUUGAGCGGAUUUGUGAUUGUUGAGUCAAAAUAGUGAUAGGAUGAUAGUUUGGGGGUUGAUUGUGGCGAGUGUAAAUCUUUGAGGGGUGUUUUUUGGAAUUUAUAUAAUUGAAUAUUUGAAUUUGAACGCCUCAAGGGCCAGGGGUGUUUAUGAAAUCUUGGUUAUUUGUGAGGAA